AGGAUGAAGGGUAGUCAGACUCCCCAGAAGGAACUGCCAAGGUCCGCAGAGUCUGCAAUUCGGCGAGUGAAGGAGGCUUCAUCGAAAUCUCCCUCCGAGCAAGUGAAAAAGUCUCUAAAGAUCUCCAAGAAAUGCUUGGACUCUGCGUUUACAGCUAUUCCAGAAGAUCAAUCUCCUCGAAAAUCGGAUUCUAGUUCGAACGAUUCCAAUUACGUAUUGGUGAACUCCUCUGUUGAUCAAAACAAACAACUCUCGGAGGUCCUCGAGCUUUCGAUGAAUCCAGAUUUCCCAGUCUCUUCUGUAACAUUUGAUCCGUUUGAAGUCUCUCCAUCGACUACGAUCGUUGAGGAGAACCAAGAAACUAGCAGUGGUAUGAUCGAGUAUAAUGGAUCCGUAAUCGAUUGCGACACUCCAAAGACCGGAAGUAUUGAUGUUGGAAUUGCAGUAAAUUUCAUCAGAGAAGCUUUGUUUCAGGCCACCAGUUCCCCUGUCGUCGAUCUCCGAUCAAAGAAGAUUUUGGAUUCUGUGGUUAAGAUCGUUAUCGAUGAUUUGUAUGGUUUUCCGGAAGAACGAGUCCGUUGUCCUGAGGUAAUGUCGACAAAGCUUCGUAUUGGACUUCUAAAUUCAUUGCUGUGGCUUGUUCCGGUCUCGGUGCUUGCCGUUGCUCUAUCGAAUUUGUUUGCCGGCAGCUCUUUCCCUGAUCCACCGCCAACAUGAAUUGUAGAUGUAUCCACUCUACGCUUCUGGC